AAAAAAGCAUAAAUGCAAAUGAACAAAAUACAAAGACGAGAACGCUGGCACAGUCCCUUCAAAUUGAAAUAGGCAAACUCUAAAGCGCCAUGCCCCAAAAGCUUCUCCUUUUCACCUUGCCGAAUGCGUGAAAGGCCAAAAUCUAAAACAAAUCCAACAACACGCACUUAAACUACCGAUUUGGGAUCUGUAAAGACACCCAAAAUCGGGGGCAUCACAACGCAUUCGCCAUGCAACUCUCUACACUUUCUCUUUUCCCUUUCUCUGUUCCUAAAUUUCUGCAUAUUAAGGCGAGCCGUGAGGGUGAAUCUCGGUGUUAUUUUACUCUAAAUCAGGGAUUCAAUAGAUCAAACAAAUUGUCCAGAUACAUCGUUAUAAGAUCUCAACUUGCUGGAACUGGGAUCCUUGAUGCUACCAAUCCUUUAUCAGAAAUUAAGCCGAGCCCGAAAUUUAGAGGAGUAUGCUUCUAUGGUAUGACAGUUAUGGCAGGCGUUUUACCGUUUGGGAUCCUGAUAGUGGCUCAUCCCUUGGCGCUCAUCUUUGAUCCCUACAAGACAAAAUUUUACAAUCUUAUUCCAAAACUAUGGGCAACCGCAAGUAUUGCUCCCUUCUUCGAUAUCGAGUUGGAAGGAUUGGAGAAUCUGCCCCCGCAGAAUGCUCCUGCGGUGUAUGUUUCGAACCACCAGAGUAUGAUAGACUUCUAUCCACUGUUAACUCUGGGAAGAAGCUUCAAGUUCAUCGGCAAGAAUACGGUAUUUCUUUAUCCAGGAAUCGGGUGGGCUAUGUAUAUUCUGGGUAUGAUUCCGGUAAAGCGCAUGGACAUCAGAAGCCAUUUGGAGGCUGUUAGGAGAUGUAUGGGUCUGGUAAGGAAUGGUGCCUCCGUGUUUUUCUUCCCAGAAGGCACCCGGAGUAAGGACGGCAAGUUAGGUGAUUUUAAGAAAGGUGCAUUCACUGUUGCAGCAAAAACCGGAGUGCCUGUAAUACCUAUGACCUUAAUCGGCACCGGCGAAAUCAUGCCUGCAGGAAUGGAGCAUGUCGUCAACUCAGGCUCCGUCAAACUCAUCAUUCAUAAACCCAUCAAAGGAAACGAUCCCGAAAUUUUACGCCAACUAGCUAGAAACACCAUUUUAGAUACCUUAAGCAUCGAGGCUCAGAGAAAAAAACGGCUCUCAUAAGCUCGUAACCAUCUAUCAAUUAAAAAACUAUCCAUCAUCUGUCAUUUGGACUAAACCAAUUCCCUUUUUCUACGAAAUCAAGCUGGCGAGGAUGGAGAUGAGAAGUUAAUGAAUUUGAAAUUUAGUAGUGUAAAUUAGAGGAUGAAUAAUGAGAAGGGAUUAUAUGAAACUGUGAUUUCAUGUCAUUUUUAUUCAUUUUCAAUAGGAAAAUGACAAAUUAAAUUUUUCCUCAUUAUUUUUAGUAUUUUUAGUUGGAUUUGAAUUUUUUAAGAAGGAAAAUGCUGAAAAUUAGGAGAAAAAUUCUUAUAUGUUAUUUUCUUAAAAAUGAGUGAAAUCACAGUUUAUACAAUCCUUUCUCAUAAAUAAUAUUUUAGUUGGUAGCGAAUCAUAAAAUAUAG